ACUGACAUAAAGCUCCUCUUUAUAAACACACACACACAGACCUAAAUCUACCUCUUUGAAUGUGGAAGGAGGAGAUCUGCCUGAAUAUAAAGCCGAAUGCAACACUCCCAACAAUUUUCACUCGCUUAAGACUCAAAAGGCAGAAACAGCUGUGAGACAUGAAAGGAAAUGUUGUUGUGCUGUUCUGCGUGUUGCCACUGGUGCUUGGCCAGCAAAAGACCUACAGCUGGGAUGGACCAGGACAAACCCUCGCUCCAGAUCCCAUCAACCCGUGCCUGACUGACCAGGAGUCAUGUGGUUGUUGUGUGAUGCAGAAGAAAAAGUGGCAAUUGCAGCAAUAUUUAAACUCUAGUAUGAAUGUACUGGAGGAUUCGCUGGCCAAAGCACAAAACACACUGAAAAACAUCAGAGACAACCGAGUGGCGUUUUCUGUUGGUCUGACUGACAAAAGACGUUGUAUUGGUCCAGUGAAGUUGCCGAUAAACGUGGUCUACCAGAGCAUCUUCAUUAACAUUGGAGAGGCUUAUAACUCCACGAAUGGCGUAUUCACUGUUCCUCGUUCAGGCGUUUAUAACCUGGCGUUCACAGUAUUCAGCGACGCAGGCUCUCCAGGUGCACCGCUGGCUGUCUGUGCCAGCAUACGGAAGAACGGUGUGGCUCUAGCAGCUCUCAGAGAGAUUUAUGAUCAAGAUCAGGAGGACCAGGCCACUGCUGUCUUACUAGCACAGCUCAGUGUAGGAGACCGCAUUACCAUCAGUCUGCAGGCUGGAUGCUGGCUCUGUGAUGAUCAGAACCACUACAACACAUUCAGCGGCUUUCUGCUGUAUGCCACUGAGUGAAACACGCACACACACACACACACACACACACACAGGUUGGCUUUUGUGGUUUAUGAGGACUCUCCAUAGGUGUAUGUAUUUUAUACUGUAAAAAACAAAUAAUAGAGUAUAUAGCCUUACCCUAUGCAGAAAACCUUUGGCAAAUUUUGAAUGUGAAAAGACUCUGUUUAGUAAGAUUUAAAACUGUUUUAAAUUAUAAGAACACAAGGCAUGUCUUCAUAAACCACCAUAACAUUAUAGCUCAUACCCAUGUCAUUAUAUAAAUAUGUGUCCGCAUAAAUUACAUAAGUACACACAGAUACACACUCACAAACACACAAAUGUACUGUUCACUGUUUAAGCUAAAUCAAAUAUCAUCAACUUGCAUUACAUUAAACUGACUAAAACAACUCGUAUGACUAAUUAACUUGUAUGAAAGAAAUAAUUGAAACAUUAUUUUAUUAUAUUUAAGUAAAAAAACAUACGUUGACAUGACAUUGAUCAUAUAAUUUUUUCACAAUACAGGUGUUAUAUCAGUGAGAAGCUCACAUAAAUUUCAUUGUUUUCAUACAUUGCAGAACUUGAUUUUGCUAAUUUCUGAGCAUUUCGAUUACUGGCCACCAUUUCAGAUGUCUACACACCUGAUUUCAGAAGGUUUCAAUAUACUUGUGAAAUUGUUUUAAAUAUUUGACCCUGAACUGUAUAAGCACGCGCACACACACAGAGAUUGUACUGUAAGAUAACAGACUGUUGUCAAAGACAGAUGUUGAACUUCACUAUAGUAAAAUGCUGAAAUGAAAACAGAAUUGUGUCCAUCUUUUACUUUCUCCCAUUAUUUCAUCCGU